AGCCUUUCUACUUCUUCAGAGGUAGAGGUAUGGACUGCGUACAUCCUACCCCCCCAGACCCCACCAGGUGGGAAUACACUGGGUUUGUUGUUGUUGUUGUCUAGUAAGUACCGUAAGAAAAUUCUAAGAAAGAAAUCCUGUAAGCAGAAACUUUAGCCAUUAUUUGGCUGGUGUUGAUAUUUUGCUCAUUAUAAAAAGACUUUCAUCUACUAAUACGUCCCUUCAAAACACAGUUUUUUCAGCAUGGAUGGGAGAAAAUGUUCUUUUGCUUUUAUGUUGAAAGAUGCAAAGAAAUUUUAUUCAAGCGCAUGGGGAGAUCUGACUUUCCCGAAGCUCUUUCCUUAAGAAACAAUUAAACAGAAACUGCUUUUCUACCGCCGAUGCUCCUUGAUUACGAUGACCUGAUGAAGAUUCCCUUUUUCAAGGCUCGCAUAGCAGACUUAACUGGUCAAGUGGAGAAGCUAAGAAAUGACACUGAAGGAGAGGUUUCAAACCAAGACGUACAUCUUCCAAUCAUUCUUCCAAAAGUUCCAGGGCGUUUUUACUUCUACUUCGGCAAGCCAAUUGAAACAGAAGGGAAGAAGGAGGAACUAAAAAGCAGGGAGAAAGCACAUGAAUUAUACUUGGAAGUGAAGUCUGAGGUUGAGAGAUGCCUUGAUUACCUGAAGGAGAAAAGAGAGAAGGAUCCGUAUAGGAACAUAAUGGCCCGCCUCCCUUACCAGGCUACCCAUGGCUUUGAUUCUCAAGUUCCCACCUUUGAUCUAUAGUUUUUUUUUUCUUUUUUCCUUUCACAUAUUUAAUUCUCUUCUCAUCCGGAGAUAUUUAAAUUUGCACCUUCCUUCUUCAAAAGAAUAAAACAAAACAGAAAACGAAAAAAUUGUUAAGAAGCUAUGCUUUAUUUGAUUUACACGUUCGUUCUUUCUCGGGUA